UGUGACGGCAUCACUAACAACACAUGCAGCUGCAUCAAUGAUAUUCCAAGUGACAGACAGUUCUGUCAAACAGUCAGCGAGAUAACAAGUAAUAACAUAACAUGUGCAGAACCAGCAACAGUACCACCACCAACACAAUCAGUAUCAACAGAAUCACUUUCAACACCAUCAAUUACUCCACCAGCAACAGAAUCACAAUCAACAGCAACUCAAUCAAUGUCUACACCAUCAACAGAAUCACCAUCAUCAGCAAUACCAUCAACAUCAACAGCAUCACCAUCAAUGGUAACAUCAUCAACAGAAUCACCAUCAUCAGCAAUACCAUCAACAUCAACAGCAGCGCCAUCAAUGGUAACAUCAUCAACAGAAUCACCAUCAUCAGCAAUACCAUCAACAUCAACAGCAGCGCCAUCAAUGGUAACAUCAUCAACAGAAUCACCAUCAUCAGCAAUACCAUCAACAUCAACAGCAGCGCCAUCACCAUCAACAGCAGCACCAUCAUCAGCAAUGGUAACAUCAUCAACAGCAGCGCCAUCACCAUCAACAGAAUCACCAUCAUCAGCAAUGCCAUCGCCAUCAACAGAAUCACCAUCAUCAUCAACAGCAGCACCAUCACCAUCAAUGGUAACAUCAUCAACAGAAUCACCAUCAUCAGCAAUGAAAUCUACACCAACAACACCACCAAACUCAACACAAUCAAAAUAUACACCAUCAUCACCAUCAAACUCAAAACCAACAACAUCAAUACAACCAUCAACAACAAGAACAAUUAUUGA